ACCGCCUCAAGAGAAACCGGAAAAGGUAGCAACAACAAACUUUUCCCGGUAAUUGUAUGCAGCUAAAGUUGUUUAGUAUAUUCUCUUAUUUAGGCACCAACACAUUAAAGAACACGUCUACAUCCUGAAUAUCCCAGCGAGGAAAGUCGUGAGAUACUUUCAUGUUUUAAAUUUCAACAUGUCCUUGAGUGCAGUCCACUCCACACUGUCUAGUCUGAAAACAUGUCAGACAGAUAUUGGAACAGGGAUGGACAUUGUGACAGACGUUGCUCUGGACGUGGCAGAAACAGCAGGAACUGAGAAUGAUGCGGUCCUGAAGAAGCUGGAGGGGAUGAUGCUGGAGUGUGCCAAACUGGACCAGGAGAUCAACUGCUUUGUUGAGGUGGUGAACUGUGUCACUGCGGAGGUGAGGAACCAGGAGCCCGAGGCCAUGUUCAGACUGAAGUCUCUGGUGAAGGAGAAGUUCACUGAGAGACACGGCAGACUGUCUGAGGGAGAACUACAGAACCACGUCAAGCUGAUCAGCUUUAAGGAGAACGUCAGAAACGCACUCAAAACAGUGAACCCUGAGGCAGCAGAGAAUAUGGAGGAGGAGCUGGAUGAGGACAUCGCUGUGACGCAGAGUGAGGUUAACUUUACCUGUCCCCUCACUCAGGUGGAGAUGGUGAACCCAAUGAAGAACCAGAAGUGUAACCACCACUACGACCGGGACGCCAUUAUGGGGAUGAUCAAGGCCCGGCAAAACCAGAAGAAGAAGUUACGCUGUCCGGUGGUUGGCUGUAGCAACACGGACGUGAAGCAGGGAGACCUGAUCCUAGAUCAGAUUAUGAGGAGACAAAUCCAGAAGAGGUAGACUACCACGGCAUAAUUCUGGUCCAGAAGAGGUAGACCACCAAGGCAUAAUUCUGGUCCAGAAGAGGUAGACCACCAAGGCAUAAUUCUGGUCCAGAAGAGGUAGACUACCACGGCAUAAUUCUGGUCCAGAAGAGGUAGACUACCACGGCAUAAUUCUGGUCCAGAAGAGGUAGACCACCAAGGCAUAAUUCUGGUCCAGAAGAGGUAGACCACCAAGGCAUAAUUCUGGUCCAGAAGAGGUAGACCACCAAGGCAUAAUUCUGGUCCAGAAGAGGUAGACCACCAAGACGCGAUUCUGGGGUACGCCACUCAUCAAUCCUGACAAUAAUAAUUGGACUUUUAAUUAAUUGAGGAUAAAACAUGACUUUUUGUUGUUGUGACCAAAUGUUAUCUUGCUGCUGUGUCUGAACGUAUUUGUUCGUCACAGAAUUGCGCUAUUCAGAAAUGUUAUAUAACAAAACCUCUCUUUAUUUAUACUUAAGGGAGUCUUCUUUUUCAGUCAGUUCAAUAAAGGUUUUUAUACAAUUUA